AUGUCUGGCGUCGAGAGUGAGCCGCCUCAAGUCGACACUCACCCGGACCACGACUUACAAUCAGAGCCUAUCUCGGAAGACGAGGCUGAGGCCACUGUGCCCGGACAUGAGGUGGCUUCCACCGACGAGAUCGACCCGGACGAGCCAUCAAGUCAUGGGGUAACAAUAACCGUCGAGGAUGCGGAUGCGGAAGAUGGAUCACCAGCCGGGAGCAGCGAGGCUGUCUCUGAAGAUGAUGCCUCGGUGGUGAAAGAGUCCCAACAGGACUCUGAAAACGGUGCCGGAACUGGGGAAGAGUCGGGACAGGCUCCCCGAACAGAUGGUGUCGAGGAUGCGCCUUUGGAUGCUGGAUAUGACGGUUCGAGAAGACCAGAGGAGCGUCCGGCCCAACACCAGGAUGAACCAGAUCCCAGAGGAGCCCCCGCAGCAGUUUCGACGGAGAGCCACGCAGAUGUAGUGGAGCGACGACAUACAACGGCAACAGCACGUCCACCGCAGGUCAACUCCACUGUCUUCGUAGUCAGUGCUCUUGAAACGAUCGGCGCAGCUAAGGAAGUCCGCAGGAAUAAGGAAUUUGCAGAUGCUGUUCAGGCCGCUUUGUCAAACAUCAAGAGCACGGAACAGGCAGUCAAUCCAGAGAUCCUAUUCCGCCCGUUACAGAUGGCAACCAAGUCGUUUACGAUCCCUCUGCAGGUGACGGCGUUGGAUUGCAUUGGAAAACUGAUCAGCUAUUCAUAUUUUGCAUUUCCAGCUGUCGCAGCCAGCCAAGCAGGGUCACCGGACACUCCUCCUCUCAUUGAAAGAGCGAUUGAGGCGAUCUGUGACUGCUUUGAAAACGAAGCUACUGCGGUGGAAAUUCAGCAACAGAUUAUCAAGUCAUUGCUCGCAGCUGUCCUUGACGACAAGAUCGUCGUGCACGGCGCAGGUCUCUUGAAAGCCGUCCGCCAAAUCUACAACAUUUUUAUUUAUUCUAAAUCCAGCCAAAAUCAACAGGUUGCCCAGGGAUCUCUGCUCCAGAUGAUUGCCACGGUUUUUGAAAGAGUUAGAGUUCGUCUGGACUUGAAGGAGGCACGACUAAGGGAAAGCAACGAAGCGAAGACGGACGAAGCCUUGUCUGCAGAGACAUCCAUGCUGGGCCACGGCGGUGUGAACGGCAUGAACGGACAGGUGGACACUCCAGACCAUGAGACUCCUCCGCAACUUGCAGAAGGGUUGUCCCCUGGCCAGGAGAAACUGACCCUGCAAAGCUUCGAGAACCACAAGAACCUCGACGAUGCAAUUGUCGCUGACAGCGCUCCAACGACCGUCACGCGUGUCAGACGAGAGCGCAAAAACACGCGCACGAGUUCCGCUCCGGUAUCUCGAUCCAGCUUGCAGGAAGAACGCGACGAGACGGAGCUAUCUCCCGAGGAUGAAGACGACGUCUACAUCAAAGAUGCCUUCUUGGUGUUUCGUUCGCUGUGCAAACUAAGUCAGAAAGUCUUGACCUACGAUCAGCAGCAGGAUCUUCGGAGUCAAAACAUGCGCUCGAAGCUCUUAUCCUUACAUUUGAUUUAUCAUGUCAUCAACAACUACACCACAGUCUUUACAUCUUCGUUCUCGAAUAUUAAGAGUGGCAACAACGCGGAGCCCACGCCAUUCUUGCAAGUGGCCAAACCUCACUUGUGUCUCAGUCUUUCCCGGAACGCAGCGAGCUCAGUUCCGAGGGUUUACGAGGUAUGCUGCGAAAUAUUUUGGCUUUCGCUGAAGCACAUGCGUGUGCUGCUGAAAAAGGAACUUGAGGUUUUCCUAAAAGAGGUCUAUCUUGCAGUAUUGGAACGGCGAAAUGCGCCACUUUUUCAGAAGCAAAUGUUCAUGGACGUUUUGGAAAGGCUCUCGGGCGAUCCUCGUGCUCUUGUUGAGAUCUACCUUAAUUACGACUGCGACCGGACGGCCCUGGACAACAUGUACCAAGAAAUCAUUGAACAUCUAUCCCGGAUCUGCAGCACACCCGUUGUAGUCACUGCUGUCCAACAACACCAAUACCAAGAACAGCAAACAAAACCAGCAACGCCGGUCUCUGAAUGGCAUUCACGGGGCGCAUUACUUCCCGGGCUAUCGACAGCAAGCUUAAGUCAUCAUUCGCCUCCUCCGCCGACAGUACCGGUUGAGUAUGCUUUGAAGCAGCAAUCAUUGCGUUGUCUAGUUGAAAUUCUUCACUCGCUCGAUAAUUGGUCGAGUCAAGGGAGCCCGGAACAGAUGAAUGGAUCUAGAUAUCCAGCGUCAAGGGGUUCAUAUGAAGACUCUAGGGAGUCAUUGGACUAUAGCGAAAAGCCACCUCCGUCGCCUCGCGCUCCAGGCUUAGGUAGCGACUCAGGGAUCACCACACCGGUGGUAGAGGAUGACCCAACCGAAGUCGAGAAAGUGAGAAUGCGAAAGUUCGCUCUCAACGAGGCCAUCCGACAAUUCAACUUUAAGCCAAAACGAGGAAUCAAAGCGCUCUUGGCCGAAGGAUUUAUCCGCAGCGACAACCCUCAGGAUAUUGCCAAGUUCUUGUAUGCAAAUGACAGACUAGACAAAGCAAUGCUAGGAGAGUACCUCGGCGAAGGCGAUGAGAAGAACGUUGCCAUCAUGCAUGCUUUCGUGGACAUGAUGGACUUCAGCAAGAGGCGGUUUGUCGAUGCCCUCCGGCAGUUCCUACAAAGUUUCCGCCUACCCGGAGAAGCACAAAAGAUCGAUCGCUUCAUGCUGAAGUUCGCUGAACGUUACCUCAGUGGUAAUCCAAAUGCAUUUGCAAAUGCUGACACUGCUUAUGUACUUGCAUAUUCGGUCAUCAUGUUAAACACAGAUCAACACAGUGCAAAGGUGAAAGGUGCUAGAAUGACUGUGGACGACUUCAUCAAGAAUAACAGGGGAAUCAACGACGGUCAGGAUCUUCCCGCAGAAUAUCUGAGUGGCAUCUUCGAAGAAAUUUCCAACAAUGAAAUCGUCCUGGAUUCUGAGCGAGUACACGCUGCUGAAUUGGGGAUUGCUGCUGCUACAAGUACGGGUUUUGCCUCAAGGGCAGGUCAAGCGCUGGCCAAUGUCGGCAGAGACCUGCAAAAAGAAAAAUACACCCAGGCGUCCGAGGAAAUGGCGAACAAGACGGAGCAGUUAUAUCGGAGCCUCAUCAGGGCGCAGAAGCGUUCCGCAGUCCGGGAGGCGCUGUCAAGAUUCAUUCCAGCGACCUCGAUCAAGCAUGUGGGCCCCAUGUUCAACGUGACAUGGAUGUCAUUCCUCUCAGCCUUUUCCAGUCAGAUGCAGGAUGCACAGAACCUAGAUCUGAUCAGGCAGUGCCUAGACGGCUUGAGGUUGGCUAUCAGAAUCGCCUGCAGGUUUGACUUGGAGACGCCCAGAGUCGCAUUUGUCACGGCGCUGGCCAAAUUCACCAACCUGGGUAAUCUCAAGGAAAUGAUGGCCAAGAACUUGGAGGCGUUGAAGGUGCUCAUUGAGGUUGCCUUGACAGAGGGUGAUCUCUUGAAAUCCUCCUGGCGGGAGGUUUUGACGUGCAUCAGCCAACUCGACAGACUACAGCUCCUCUCCACCGGGAUCGAUGAAGGGGUCAUCCCGGAUGUUACACGGGCCAACAUUUCCACACCCUCAGGUUCUUCGAGGGACGGGACCAGAAGUCGCCGAUCGAUGCAAGCCGUCAAACGACCGCGACCGAGAUCUGCGCAUACUUUCCGACCAGAAGUUGCGGAUGAAACCAAGUCUACAGACAUGGUCCGAGGGGUCGACCGGAUAUUCACCAACACUGCCAAGCUAUCGUCUGAGGCGAUUGUCGACUUCGUCCAGGCAUUGAGCGACGUCAGUUGGCAAGAGAUCCAGUCUUCUGGAAAUAGCGAGGCUCCGCGGAUGUAUAGUCUCCAAAAGCUUGUGGAAAUCAGCUAUUACAAUAUGACCAGAGUCAGGAUAGAAUGGACCAGGAUCUGGGAGGUGCUCGGGGAGCACUUCAACCAAGUGGGCUGCCACAACAAUACCGCGGUGGUCUUCUUCGCCCUGGAUUCUCUCCGCCAGCUCUCCAUGAGGUUCAUGGAAAUCGAGGAGCUGCCCGGGUUCAAAUUCCAAAAAGACUUCUUGAAGCCAUUUGAGCAUGUGAUGGCGAACAGCACCGUUGUCACGGUCAAGGACAUGGUCUUGAGGUGUUUGAUCCAGAUGAUCCAAGCGCGGGGGGACAACAUCAGGUCCGGGUGGAAGACCAUGUUUGGCGUCUUCUCAGUUGCUGCCAGAGAACAGUAUGAGGCUAUUGUCAACAUCGCUUUCGACUACACCAAUCAGAUCUACAAUACCCGGUUCGGCGUGGUCAUCUCGCAAGGCUCGUUUCCUGAUCUGGUUGUUUGUCUGACCGAGUUCUCCAAGAACCUCAAGUUCCAGAAGAAAUCACUGCAGGCGAUCGAACUGCUCAAGUCGACGGUACCAAAGAUGCUGAAAACGCCAGAAUGUCCGCUUUCCAGACGCCACGGCAAGAUCCCUGAGUACGAGGAAUCGGGCGUGGUAGCAGGCGUCAAGCAACCUACCUCACAGACCGAGGAGGAACAGUUCUGGUACCCGGUCCUGAUUGCAUACCAGGAUGUUCUGAUGACGGGCGAGGAUCUUGAAGUACGGUCCAGAGCUCUCACCUAUCUGUUUGAAACGCUGAUCAGAUAUGGCGGUGAUUUUCCUACCGAGUUCUGGGAUGUCCUUUGGCGCCAAUUACUAUACCCGAUCUUUGUCGUCUUGCAAAGCAAGUCGGAGAUGUCAAAGGCCCCCAACCACGAGGAACUGUCAGUAUGGCUGUCGACGACAAUGAUCCAAGCUCUUCGAAACAUGAUCACACUCUUCACACAUUAUUUUGACUCACUAGAACACAUGCUUGACCGCUUUCUGGAUCUUCUCACAUUGUGCAUAUGUCAAGAAAACGACACCAUUGCUCGAAUAGGAAGCAACUGUCUCCAGCAACUGAUUCUCCAGAACGUCACGAAAUUCUCUCCCGAGCAUUGGUCACGAAUUGUGACUGCAUUCGUCGAGCUCUUCAACCGGACGACAGCUUAUGAACUGUUCUCGGCCGCAGCAACGAUGUCUGAUGCUCGACCUUCUCCAGGCCACGAUGGAUCCGAGGGUCUAUCUAUCUCUGGAACCACGAUUGUUGAAACUCCGACGACGAAUGGGGCACCCGCAUCUUUUCAUGGUGCAACUCCCUCCUUGGAAUCGCAAGUAAGCUCGGCAGCCCAUAUUUCUGAGAUUCCCGCAGCCCAGAGCACUCAGGAGCUGGAGGACUAUCGCCCACAUUCAGAUAUGCAAGCACCUGCACCAGUGGUGACGGCUGCCCGCCGACGGUUCUUCAACAAGAUCAUCACCAACUGCGUCCUCCAGCUGCUGAUGAUUGAGACCGUCGCAGAGCUCUUCUCCAACGACUCGGUCUAUGCCCAAAUCCCCUCAUCGGAGCUCCUGCGCCUGAUGGCGCUCUUGAAGAAGUCGUAUCAAUUCGCCAAGAAGUUCAAUGGUGACAAAGACCUCCGCAUGGCUCUUUGGAGACAAGGGUUCAUGCGACAACCACCAAACUUGUUGAAGCAAGAAUCCGGGUCGGCGAAUACAUAUGUUAGUAUCCUCCUCAGGAUGUAUCAUGACGAAGGGGAAGAGCGGAGGUCAAGUCGUGAUCAAACCGAAGGUGCCCUGAUACCAUUGUGCGCCGACAUUAUCCGCUCCUUCAUUCUCCUGGACGAGGAAACUCAACAACGAAACAUCGUCGCAUGGAGGCCCGUCGUCAUUGAUGUCCUGGAGGGGUACACGAACUUCCCCAAGGACAGCUUUGAGAAGCACCUCGACACAUUCUACCCCCUUGCCGUGGGCUUGUUAGAAAAAGAAAUCGGCUCCGAGCUGCGCAACGCACUCUGGGGCAUGUUCCGCCGCGUGGGAGAGGUCAAGUUUAACAUGCCUGAACUGGUUCUUAUGAGGGGAAGGGACGGCAGCGUCAGUUCGACGCGAAAUGGCAGUAUUGGCGCCGCACCCACCAGUCCAAGUCAGUUGAGCCGGGGCUUGGAGCUCUCACAGAGUGGUGGGAGGAGGGGAAGUCGAACAAGCAGAACGGGGCCUGUAUAA